AUGGCUAUGGUAAAUAUCAGACGAGAUGUCGAGGACAAAUUCUAUCGAUACAAAAUGCCUCUUCUCCAAAUAAAGGUCGAAGGUCGAGGAAACGGUAUCAAGACUGUCGUACCCAACAUGGAAGACAUCGCAAGGGCUUUGAACAGACCUCCCACCUACCCUACCAAAUACUUUGGUUGCGAACUUGGUGCUCAAACAUCCAUGGCCAACGAUCGAUACAUCGUCAACGGUGCUCACACUGCCGAUCGAUUGCGGGAACUCCUCGAUUCCUUCAUCGAGCAAUUCGUCCUUUGUCCCUCAUGCAAGAACCCUGAGACCGAACUCGUCAUCACUGGUAAAUCCGGACACGAGGAUAUGCACCGAGACUGUAAAGCUUGCGGUCGACAAAACGGAGUCAACAUGAGACACAAGCUGGUCGCUUAUAUCCUCAAGAACCCAGUCAAGAAGAAGGAGAAGGGAAAGAAGGGGAAGAAAGGAGGUAUGACUGCUGAAGCCAAUGUCGGUGGACCUAUGGUGUUCGAAAAAGGCGCAGAAGAUGGUUCUGGUGAAGAUGAAGAUGCCAGUCCCUCUGGUACCCCGGCACCAGGAGAUCAAGGUGUCCCUACUACCGGAACAGAUAUCGACGAUGUCCUCGGUCGAUCCGAUCCUGUCCUUGGUAAUCCUGACGAAGCUGAGGAAGUUUCGAAGAAACUCGCCAAGACCGAUCUUAAUGGUGGAGACGAUGAGGAUGACGAAGAUGCAGAUUCGCCUUAUGCUCUCUUAGGUGGCUGGUUGGAGGACAACAAAGAUGCCAGUGAUGCCGACAUCGUCAAUAAGAUCAAGGAAUUCGGUAUCGCAGGGAAAUACAAGGUUUUGGUGGAAAUCGGACAUCAUUUGUUCACUGAUGAAGUAGCCAAGGAAAUUGAUGCUAGAAUUCCCUUGCUUCAAGCUCUUGUCACUUCUGAGAAACACCAAAAAGGUCUUCUUGGAGGUCUCGAACGACUUCUUGCCCUGUCACCCAACUCCGACGCACUCCUUGCCGCGGGCACUACUUCCAAGGUACUUAUGGCCCUUUACCAAGCUGAUAUCCUCGAUGAAGAAUUCGUCAAGAACUGGGGUACUCACGUCAGCAAGAAGUAUGUCGAUAAGGAGAAGAGUAAGAAGGUCAGAAAGAGCGCCGAUGCUUUCCUCAAGUGGCUUGAUGAAGCUGAUGACGAAUCCGAGUCCGAGUAA